AUGAGUCUGUUGCUCCGUCACCAAAAGGCCAUUAAAGAAGAGAAGGAUGUUAACUAUGGUAUAUUAAGGUCAACACAGCGCACGCCAACUCUGAUAAAGAGCUUUCGUGAAGCCGAAAACGCGAUAGAAAAAAAGAGAAGGAAAGUCAAGAAGAAGAGAAAGAGAAAGAGAAGUGAGAAAGUGAACGUGAGAUUCUUCGUGGUUCAGCCAGCAACGCGCGACCCAGUCGAGAUGGAGAGCUUCGAAAACAUAUACCUUGACCUCUCGAAGCAGCCGGGCAAAUGCAAGCUCGCGGAGAGCGGCAUGGGCUGGAAGCCAUCCGGCGGCGGAGACACCUUCACCCUCGACAAGAGCAAUAUAGGUGCUGCUGAAUGGAGUAGAGCCGCCAAAGGGUACGAGCUGAAGAUAUUCUCGCGUACCUGUGGAGUUAUCCAGCUCGACGGGUUUGACCAGGAUGACUUCGACAGAGCUAGCAAAGCGUUCAAGAUCUGGUACGGCGUCAACCUCACGAACAGAGAACAUGCCCUACGAGGCUGGAACUGGGGCAAAGCAGAGUUCGGCAAGGCGGAGCUUAGCUUCAAUGUCCAGAACCGUCCUGCCUUUGAAGUCCCUUACUCGGAAAUCUCAAACACAAACUUGGCUGGCAGGAAUGAAGUCGCUGUUGAAUUCUUCUUGCCUACGGAUGAUGCGUCGACUGCCAAGGAACAGCCUGCAGGCAGUACGAAGAACAGAGGUCGCAAGGCCGGCGUGGGCAGAGACGAGCUUGUCGAGAUGAGAUUCUACAUCCCCGGGACAGUGACCAAGAAGGAAGAAGGGGACGAGCAAGGCGAAGGCGAAGAUAACAAAAGCGCCGAUGGCGAGGAAGAAGUCGAAGAGCAGAAUGCGGCAAACUUGUUCUAUGAGACCCUCAUGGACAAGGCGGAGAUUGGUGAUGUUGCCGGUGACACUUUUGCUACCUUCCUUGAUGUCCUACAUCUUACCCCCAGAGGUCGGUUCGACAUGGAUAUGUACGAGAGCUCAUUCCGACUCAGGGGUAAGACAUACGACUACAAGAUCCAAUAUCAGUCCAUCAAGAAGUUCUUCCUUCUCCCCAAGAACGACGACACUCACACCCUUAUUACCCUUGGCUUGGACCCGCCUCUUCGACAGGGUCAGACAAGAUACCCGUUCCUGGUCAUGCAGUUGAAGCUGGAUGAUGAAAUCAGCAUUGAUCUAAACAUGACCGAUGAACUCCUUCAAUCCCGAUACAAGGACAAGCUCGAAGCUCACUAUGAGGAGCCCAUCCACCAAGUCGUCACAAAGGUCUUCCGAGGUCUUUCAGGGAAGAAAGUCAUCAUGCCAUCAAGAGACUUUUCCAGUCACCACGGCCACAGUGGUGUAAAGUGCUCAACGAAGGCCAACGAGGGUCUCCUGUUCUGUCUGGACAAGAGCUUCAUGUUCGUGCCCAAGCCAGCCACAUACAUCCAAAUAGAAAACAUAUCAGUCAUCACCAUGUCUCGAGUCGGUGGUACCGUCUCAGCCAGCCGGACAUUUGACAUCACUAUGACCCUCAAGGGAGGACAAGGCGAACAUCAAUUUAGCAAUAUCAACCGUGAGGAACAACAGCCACUAGAAGACUUCUUCAAGGCAAGAACAUCCGGUUCAGACGAGAUGAUGAAGAAGAAUCAUUCGGAAGGCUGA